AUGAUUGAAGGUUAUUGUAGAUCAAUGAAUAAAUUUCUUAGUCACAGUUGCAAUUCAUUGAACUUACAAUUUCAAUUGGAUUUAGCAUCACCUUACUUUAUAGAAAAUGAUCAUAACAAAAACAACAACAACAGCAACGAAAAAUACAAUGACAACAACAAAAAUGUUAACAAUAACAAAAAAGAGAAAAUAAAUGAAUUUAAACUAUUUUUAUAUUGUGAGAGCACAAUAAGAGUUACUAUACAGGUUUCUACUUUUCCACAUUACUCAACACCACCAAGUAGUCCUCUUACUGGUAUACACGGCUGUUAUUUAGUCUAUGAUGUGCUAUUACCAGAGACUUUUGUUAUAAUGAAAAAGUAUUACGAAGAGGUAUACCAAUUACUCGAUUGGUACGAGCGAGAACAUUCCAAAGCAAAAGCAAAUUCACCCAAUAACAUUGAACAAUCAGAAUUUCCACUCGCUAAGGAUAUCAUAUUCAUUGUGGUUGCAUCAAUGGCUGAUCGGAUCAAUGAAAACAAUCAUGAUCAAGCAACAGAGACAUUCAAUGAAGCAGAGCAAUGGAGGUUAUCAAAAGGAAUCAAUCUUCAUUUUCUAACAUCUUCAAAAGUAAACUUAAACAUCGAAAGUCUAUUUCAUACGAUGACAUUGGAUAUAUUAAAACAUAGAGCAUCUAAAAUCGAUUAUGAAACGUCAUUAAACUUUGAAAAAUUGUCCAGAUCAACUUGUAAUAUUUUUUGUACAUAG